CCUGCCGAACAGCAAAAGGCCAGACCACAGCGCCCGUCGAGCAAUUCGUUGACGAAGCUACUGAAGUCUUGUAAUAACAGAGACUGUGCUCUGUCUGCUAAUACUCUGCCUGAGCGCGACGAUACGGAACUAGAAAAAGCCAUGUCGGCCCCGCUGUACGUCUCGUCUUACUCCUCCUCGACCGAGAUUCAGUUCAUCAACAACCUCACCUCGCCGCCCACCGUUCUCCAUAUCUCAAAGCCUAUUGGGGAGAUCUCUGUUUCAAGAAGUGCGUAUUUCUACUUUAUAUUCGACUGCACUUCCUUCCAUUCUUCUAUACUCACAAGCAAUUGCACUCCAGUCGAUGGUGAAACAGACAAGUUCGCGACCUUUGGCCAGUCCCUGCCCGGAAUCUUAGGCAUCGUCCGUCUCCGGUUCGGGAAAUACGUCAUCGUCAUCACAAAGGCUGAAAAGAUCGGGUUGAUCAAAGGCCACGCCAUCUACCAGAUCAUCGACUUCGAGUUCAUCGCCCUACAAGACGGCGUCGUCAGAGACAAAGACGAGGCUGCGUACCUCGCCCUUCUCAAGCGCGGUGUCAAGGCUGGGCCGAUGUAUUUUAGUUAUACUUGGGACCUUUCCAAUUCUAUGCAAAGACAGAGCAGUUCUACUGAUUCUCCUGUUUGGAUGAAAGCCGACGACCGCUUCUUCUGGAACAAGUUCGCCAUAUCUCCUCUGAUCGAAUUCGCCGACUCAGACCCCGAAGUAUCCCACUUCAUCCUCCCCGUAAUCUUUGGCUACGUCAACCUCACGAAAACCUCCCUGAAAUCAACCGCCUUCACCUUCGGCCUGAUCUCCCGCCGCUCGCGUUUCCGAGCUGGAACUCGGUACUUUUCCCGCGGCAUCGACGCCCAGGGAAACGUGUCAAACUACAACGAAACCGAGCAACUCGUCAUCCUCGACGAAACCGCCCAGUACACCACCUACUCCUUCGUCCAGACCCGCGGCAGCGUGCCCGUCUACUGGGCAGAGAUAAAUAACCUGCGGUACAAACCCAAGCUCCGAGUUUUCGACACCGCGCUCGAGUCCGCCAAGCUUCAUUUCGAGACACAAAAGAAAUACUACGGCCGCAAUUACUGCGUCAACCUCGUGAACCAGGCCGGCUACGAAAUGCCCGUGAAAUCCGCGUUCGAAACCGCAAUCACAAACCUGAACGACCCCGACGUCCUGUACAUCUACUUUGACUUCCACCACGAAUGCAAAGGCAUGAAAUGGUACCGCGUCCAGCUCCUGAUCGACAAACUCAUCGGCCUCGGCGCGGGUGACAUGGGCUGGUUCCAGUCCGUCGAGUCGCCAGAGAAAUCCACCACGAUCGUGCAAAAGACCCAGAACGGCGUCGUGCGCACAAACUGCAUGGACUGUCUCGACCGCACAAACGUCGUGCAGUCCACCCUCGCGGGCUGGACCCUCCAGCGGCAGUUGAUUGACGCGCGGAUUUUGGCGCCGGCCGAGCGCUGGGAAGAGGAUGCGGCGUUUGUCUCGGUGUUUAGAAACAUGUGGGCCGAUAACGCUGAUUUCAUCAGUAAAGCCUACUCUGGAACCGGAGCCUUAAAGACAGACUUUACGCGCACGGGCAAGCGCACAAAACAAGGUGCGCUGCAAGAUCUGCGCAACUCGAUCGAGCGGUACGCAAAGAACAACUUUUUCGACGGCCCGCGCCAGGACGCGUACGACUUGUUCCUCGGCAACCAUCUCCCGUACGAGGUCGCCGAACCGCCCUUCCGCGACCACCGCCCGCUGCUCAUCCAAUCGAUGCCGUACGUAGUCUACGGCGCGAUCAUGAUGAUCAUGGCCGCGAUCUUCCUUCCGCGCGCGAACGACGCUCGUCUGUCGAUCCGGCUGUUUAUCCUUAUUUGGCUGCUCGUCCUCAGCUACGCGAUGUGGUUCAUCGCGGGCCACGGCCUCGCGUAUGUAAACUGGCCACGGCUCGUGCAGCUGGACUAUGUCGGCGAACAGGAGGUUGUUCAUGCGGGGACUGGGAAGAUUAAGGGAUGGGUUAUGUCUGAGAAGACAAAGCUCGAGAGCCGGAUUAGAGGUCUUGAGGAGGGUAAGAAGCGGACUGAGUAGGAUAUACAUUUGUUCUAGAUCGGGUUGCCGUUGUUGAAUGUAACGCUAGAUGUCGCUAGAUGUAACGCUAGAUAGUCUGUUUUUUUGUUUAUCAAAUGAGUCGUCAAUGUA